UCAACAUUCAUCGCCGUCUUAAUUGGCUACACUUUAUGAUAUGCUUUACAGUCCACUGCCGGGUUUCAAUUGUACUUUGGUGACAUAAAACGCGAAUUUACAACAUGGAUACCGUUUCGAAGACGAAUGUGUUUGUCCUUUUCCUAGCAAUCGUCCUCCGAGCAUCAGGAGGCAGCUCUCAGCCCUUGCCGGGCAUAUUUUCAUCGUCGGCCUGUGAUGGGACCAAUACAACGGGUCAACUCGCUUCAGUAUGUCACUGCGUGCACAAAUAUGACGUCUUCAAUUUGACGCAAUUUUGUAGCAAUACUAUGAUGCUCGCAGACUGCAUUCAGGAACAAAUGUCGUCAAGUGAGACCAACAAUUCGUACAUUCGCCUGGUAUUCGACAGGGGCCAGUUCAUGAAGAAAGCAAAUCUAACAUGCAGUCACCGCCAAGUUUUAGGGCAUGUGCACACUUGCACUGCAAAGGUAUCGGAAUGUGACUCCUUGUUUCUCAAAAAGAUCUCUGCAACAAAAACAUGGGACGAAGAACAAUCAUGCAGCGUAGGUAAUUCUUUGGGAGUCUGCUACUGGCAUAUCUUACAACACUGUCCUGGCCGGAUGCGACAUAUGUGGUCCGUCCUGGCAGAAGUAUAUGUGACUAACAAAUGCACCAAAUAUGACCAUGAUUCAUUUCACUUUGACUGCAACGAAAUCGUGACGGCAUAUCAUGAUGAAAAAACGAUUUUCAAAAAGCGGAAAAAUUACACAGAAUGUUUAGAAAUAGUUUCUACCAACCGGGAAUGUAUUGAGAUCCAUAAAUUGGAUUCUAUUCACAACGCACAUGUCUGGCAAAACAUGGAGUUUCAACUGGAAAGGUUCACACAAUUUGAAAAACUGCGGUGCACUCUAGAAACAGGACGCGAACGGGGAUGCAACACCGAUAUAGUUGAAUGUUUGGAACCCUUCGAUAACAGUGCAUACAUCUUAGAAUUGAUGAUAAAAAACGGUACAAUCCCAACAACCAAUCAAAUUUGCGAGCUUUACGACAGGAUGAUUGAGUGUGUUCAGAAAGCUGCCGAUAAAUGCCCGACCAAUAAAAGGCAUUCCGUUGCCUAUUGGUGCGCGGUGAUGCCGAAGUCUUGCCACUGCCCUAUAGAUGAGAAAGGAAAUAUGAAGUCUGUCAACGGGUCAGGAUUAUCUCAUCACACACAUUUGCUGCUGUAUUUGUGUUUUUGGCUGGUCCUUGUAAUGUACAUAUAGUGUUUACAGUUAAUGUUCAACAUGAUCGAACUGUUUUGUACCAUCAUCGUUUCUAGCCUAAUCGCACUAAUCAAUGGCGAGUAUUCUCAACCAAUCGAGGCAAUAUCAAUUCAUAUUUUUGGAGAGUUUCUGAAGAUCAAAGGACUUGAAGCGAUACGUUGUAUUACUUUAAAACAGAUUUCAAGUUGUCUAUCCGUCCGGUUAGCGAAGUGGUUGGUUCUUCCACCCCCCCCCCCUCCUCUAAGCGACCCGGUUCAAGUCCCGUUUUACUAUGGUAUGAUUAAACUUAUGAUCUUAUUAAGACAUUUACGGGCACUUUAUUGUAAUUGGUACUGUUUACAUACGCCCUACAAUCAAUGCAGAGUAUGAAAACUCAUAGUCCGAAGAUUGCUUUAUAUUGAAUAUGUAACUUGACUGAUAAAAUGGCAAUCUAUAUUGCAACUAUCUUAGUUUGAGAUAAAUAAAUGAUGUAAACACUCGUCAAUAGACUGUAUCAAGAUAAAUACGGAUAAAACCCCAAACACGUGUUGUUGACGUCCUAGCAUUUAACCUGUAUAUGUAUAUGCAUAUCAGGUGAUUUUACAACAUGCGAGCAUCCAUGUGACGAGGUGACCUAAACAUAAGAUAAUUCAAAUAGUAUCUGUGUUUUAGAUAUUCAAUUUAUAGAACGCGGGAUGAUAAAAUCAAGGUGUCAUUUUCUAUGUGAUAUUCAGAUAAAGGUUGCAAGCUAUUAGCCAAGUCAGCAUUUAAUGUCGUGCAUGGAUAUUCAAUCGUUUUAUUGAUUUGCAGUAUACAAAUGAUACACUGACCCCAAAAUAUAAAACUUAUUGAAAAAGUUAAAAAUAACGUUACGACUCAAUUUUCAUUUUUCAUGAACUCGCAGUAGGGAUUGUUACGUUACUUUUCAGUCAAGGUCUAGUAUCGUGCUAUUUGCGAAAACAAAACCAUAUUUUUCAAAACUAAACAUAUUUUAAUCAAUCGAUGUAAACAAGAGUUUAUUUAAAUUUAUUUACCUUGUAUGAAAUGUCCUCAAAUGUGUCAAUCGCAUCUUGUGAGUGAUGAAACAUUUUGUCCACAUGUUUUUGACAGGAAUAGCUCUUUUAACUGGAAUUUCGUUUUACACGCUUUGUGACGCCGAGCGGGUUCCGAAAUCCCCCAUGGUAUAAUGUAGAAAAGUGCAGACCAACAAAACGGUG